GUUCCCGGAGCUUAGGCGGCAGAGGAGGCGGAGAGGCUGGGGGCUGAGGGGAGCGCCAUGGAAACCCCACAGGACGCUCCGAGGGGCCCUGCGUCACGGAGGGGCCUGUGACCGCUUCCGGAAGAACGCUCCGCGGCCAUGUUUCUGAGGGGCUCUAGGUCUGAGGUCACUUCCGGAGCCCUCAGCGCGUACUUCCGCUCGGGUGCGAAAAUGGGAGGGUCUCUUAAAAGGGCGAUGGCGUUCGUCGGCCGCUGUGGAGGUGAUGACGAAAUCGCUCUGAGCCAGGCGGUUUGCCUGAGGUCACGGCCCCCGGGGCUGUGCUGCGUUUUGUGUUGUCGCGAAGUGACGGGCCCGGGAAGAGACGGGGAACGCCCACGGCUAGCGGCGACCCAGGAGGAGAAGUUUGAGAUCACAAACAUGGACAUGAGAGCGGGCACCUCCCUGAGGCUCAAGGGCAAGAUUGAUGACGACUGUGACGGUUUCGUGAUUAACCUGGGCCAGGGGACAGACAAGCUGGGCCUCCACUUCAACCCCCGCUUCAAGGAAUCCACCAUCGUCUGCAAUUCCCGGGACGGCAGCCAGUGGGGAAGAGAGCAACGGGAAAACCACCUGUGCUUCAGCCCAGGGUCAGAGGUCAAGUUCACGAUGACCUUUGAGGGCGAUAAGUUCAAGGUGAAGCUGCCGGACGGGCACGAGCUGACCUUUCCCAACAGGCUGGGCCACAGCCACCUGAGCUACCUGGGCGUGCAGGGUGGGUUCAGCAUCUCCUCCUUCAAGUUCGAAUGAGCCGGAAUAAAAGACCCCCAGCCAGGUGCCUGCAUCAAGCCUUCUUCCUGGUCGCACCAGGGUCAGCAGCCC